GGAUGAGCAUUGGUUCCAGUUCCCGAGUGCUUCUUGGAUUGCCUAGAAAGUCAGUGACACUAUGGAGUGGAGGUGUCCCCACCCUGAGUCUCCCUAAGCCACAGGGAAAGUUCAAAAGAUUCAGAGCUGAAUUAAUGUCUCAUUCCCAUACCUUGGCUCCUUUGAAUACAAGGAAGAGAGAUAUCUUGGAUGGAAUGGGAACUUGGGGAGGUCACAUGUCACUGGAAUAUGAGGCAAGUCUCAAGCAUGGAGCUCCAGUGCCAAAAAUCGAGAUCUCUGCAAUUGGACACUGCAGUGAUCAGGGGAAACGUCCUUCAUUAGAGGACCGCUUUGUGAUUGAACAAUUGACUCCUGAAGUUCUCCUGUGUGCUGUCUUUGAUGGGCAUGGGGGACAGGAUUGUGCUGUAUUUUGUGCAGCACACUUUUCCAAUCAUGUCAAAUUUUGGUUGGAUCGAGAUCAAGAUUUGGAGAAUGUUCUGGUUGAGUCCUUCCUUGGAAUCAACAAUGGCUUCUCAAAGUCUGUUGUCUUCUCAACCAGGUUCAAAGAAGAGGAGACAUCCAGUGGAUCAACAGCCACUAUUGCCCUUCUAAGAAGGGGGACUGAAUUGGUCAUUGGGCAUGUUGGUGAUAGUUAUGCAACUCUGAGUCGAAAUGGGGAAGCUCAGAAGCUUACAGUGGACCAUGUCCCUUCUCUGACAAGUGAGAAAAAGAGAAUAGAGGAAUCAGGUGGCCGUGUGACUACAGACAGCUUGGGUCGCCCACUGGUAAAUGCUCGUCUUGCCAUGACAAGAUCUUUGGGAGAUACAGAACUGAAGCACAAUGGUGUCAUAGCCCUCCCCUACACACGCACCAUCCAGGUACGUCAUGGGAAAGACAAUUUUCUUUACCUUUCCACGGAUGGAAUCCAUGAUGUGAUGAGGAACCAAGAGAUCUGUGAUGUGAUUGGGAACUGUUCUGAUGCUUUUGAGGCAGCACAUUCAGUGGUUCAGCAAGCUAUGUCAUUUAAUGCUCAGGACAACCUGACCAUCGUGAUUGUACCAUUUGGCUCCUGGGGCCAAGGUUCACGGUCCUCCUCCAUCUUCUACAGUUUUGGACGCAGCUUCACCAUGAGCAGCCGCUAUGGA